UUCUUCCACCCCAACUUCUCCUUCGGGUCUUGGAUUGAAAGUGGCUGAAAUUUCCCUUUGAUGAACGUUUGGGAUCAGUGUUCUGGGUCAUGAAACUUAAUCCACAACAAGCUCCGUUAUAUGGUGACUGUGUGGUUACAGUGUUGCUGGCAGAGGAGGACAAAGUUGAAGAUGAUGUAGUUUUCUACUUAGUGUUUUCUGGCUCCUCUCUCCACCACUACACUAGCACUCGCAAAGUUAACCCUGACACGUUGGAGACCAUAGCUCCUGGGCACGACUGCUGCGAGACCGUGAAGGUGCUGCUGUGUGCUUCCAAAGAGGGGCUCCCCGUGUUUGUCGUGGCCGAGGAAGACUUCCGCUUCAUCCAAGAUGAGGUGUAUGACGCGGCCCAGUUCCUGGCCACCAGCGCCGGGAACCAACAGGCGUUGAACUUCACCAGGUUCCUGGACCGGUCGGGCCCCCCCUCGGGGGAUGUCAAUUCCCUGGACGAGAAGGUGGCACUGGCGUUCCGCCAUCUGAAACUGCCGGCCGAGUGGAAUGUGCUGGGCACCGAUCAGGCUCUGAAUGAGGGUGGACCGAGGGAGACGUUGAUGCAUUUUGCAGUGAGGUUGGGCCUGCUGAGAUUGACGUGGUUUCUGCUGCAGAAGCCAGGUGGAAGGGGUGCGUUGAACGUCCACAACGAGGAAGGGGCCACACCUGCCAGCUUGGCCUUAGAGCGGGGCUAUCAGAAGCUGCAUCAACUUCUGACCCAAGAGAACGCAGAGGAACCCGACUCCUGGAGCAGUCUUUCCUACGAAAUUCCCUACGGAGACUGCUCCGUGAGGCACCACCGGGAGCUGGACGUCUACACCUUGACCUCCGAGUCGGAAUCGGAUGAUGAAUCUCUGUUCCCCAGAGAUAGUCGGACAGGACACAUUUUCAAACUUAUGAACAUCCAACAUCAACUUAUGCAGUCAGUUCAGAGUUCAGAACCUGCUGUCAAGCCAACAGACGAGCUGGCCUCAUCCUCAAUGGUGGCACAAGACCCUCCCGACACGGCGAAAGAGGACGAACCCGGGCAUCCCUGCACCUCUUCCCUUCUAAAAAUCCCACAGUCCUCUCCUCCACCUGGAGAUGUGGCCUGCCCCGGGAGUGAGAUCGGGCAGACCGCCGGGUCCAAAGAUUCGGCCAGCCCGGUGGGUCCAAACCCGCAGGGAUCCUCGACCGCCCCUGAAGACGCAGACGUGGAGAGCGUUGGGGGAGAGCCGGGGGCAUCCAGCCCAGGAUCAGACGAAGGUGGCCCUGGACAGAAGCCACCCACCGGGACACCUGGUGAGGAGAACCUCACCCACCUUGCAAUUAUAAAUGAGGGAAUGGGAAUCUCGCCUCCAGUUAUCACUUUGCCGCAGCGGUGCUUGAGCCAGGGAGAUCCUCCUGCCCAAGAGAAAAACACCACGGAACCCACAAAUUCUGUUCCCAUCUUGGCAGACUUCACAGCCCCUGCGCUUCCGGUGCCUGAGCCGGAGGGCGAGGGGGAGGGGAAGGACCCCUCCAGCCCUCCGGCCACUGGGGCUGAGAGGGAGUCAGAGGAGAGUGUAGUCCAGGUCCUUAGAGCCUCGGAUGACAGCACAGGGGAAAACCCCAGGCUGGAGAUGGAAACCGAAAUCCUGGAGGCACACCGUGCCCCAAACGGGGCCCUUCCUCCAAGUCCUCCGGGCAGCAAGAUGCCCAAGGAGGAUCCAGCCAACCGAGAGCUGGAGGAAGCUGCCGUUCGAGGAACUGGAACCGGAACUGAAACCUCGAGGGGAAGAGGCCCCGGGAGUCAUCUUUCGGGAACGGAGGAGGAGGAGAAGAAAGAGCAGAAUGAGGAGGAGGGAGAAGAGGCAGUUGGUCAGGGUCCUGGGGCUGGCUCUGCUCCUGUGAGGAGCGAGCCAUCGACUGGGUUCCAGAGGGCCUCCCCUUCAGUCAGCCAAGGUGAGAGUGACUCACCCACUGCCCAGGAGCUGGCCGUACCGGGAAAGUUGGUCUUGAGCCAGCAGGAGAUAGCCCCCCCGACUGCAGGAGGAGAAAGUGAUCAGUCAGUGGCAUCAACCAUCCUCUCCAUAAUUGAGGAUGACAUCCUGGGGAUGAUUUCUUUCUGCCAGCAGGGUACGGCGCCCCAUCCUGGAGAGAAGGCAGGGGAGCCCAGUGGAAGCAUGGCCUCGGGACCUGAUGACUCCCCAGCCCCUCAGGAGAAUUCCCAGACUUCCCCGGCCCCGAUGGGGAGCUUAGGCCCCGGGACCCGCAGGGGAACCCCAGAUCCGGGCGGAGAUCCCCAGGGAGGGGCUGUCUGCCUCCCUAGUGGAGUUCCUCUCAAAGGCCCUGUGGAAGAGGCCACUCUUUCGGCAGGCUCAGAGCAGGUAGCUUUGCCUCCCGAACCCACCCUCCCUGAAGCUGGGGAGGAGCUGGUGCACAGCGGGAUAGAAGCGCCAGAGGACCCCUCCCCUCAGGAUCCAGGAGAAGUGCCGCCUGGCUCCUCUGGGACUCAAGCCAACACGCUCCUUUUCGGAGAUUCACCGGCGGGCACGGGGUGCAGCCAGGGCAGUCCUGCCCAGCCGACGGAGGAACCCGACAAAGGGCUCGAGCCAGGCCACCCGACAGACCGGCCUGGCUGUCUUCCUCCUCCUCCUCCUCCUCAGCCUGAGCCCGGCCCAGCCAACCUCGUCACUGCAGGUGUCCCCGGGGACGGGAGAGGUCUCUGCCCUCCGCCCAGCCUGGAGGCUGCCCGCGACCAGCCAUUGGCUGGGUUGGAACCCGACGCUCCUUCCGUGAGGAACGGGGAGACCGGCUUGCCCACCGAGUGGGCUCCGUCUGGGACGGGGAAGGAGCCGGCGACAUCGGAGAGCAUCUGGGCUCAGGGAGGAGGUCGAGAUGUGAAAGAAGUCGACGGUCCCAUAACGAAAGAUGACGCGCUCAGGCCGGCUCCCCUGCCCGCCGAGGGGGAGAUGCCACCUCCCAGGCAGGAGGCGGCAGGACCCGGCCACCAACCUGCUUCGGCCUCUGGUGCCGAAAGCAAAACACUUCUGCACGCCGAGUCUGCGGGCACACCCUCUGCCCUGCCUCCAGCAGAACUUAAACAAAACAAGGAAGUAGCCGCUAAAGUUUCAGGAGUGGCAGAUGGGAGCUCAACCACCCAGGGCCAGGUGGCCUCAGAAUCAGCUACGCCUGACGACAAGCAGAAGCACCUGGGCUCGGAGGUAGGUGGGUCCGGGCUACUGGUCGCAGCCCACCGAGCAGAAAACAGCCCGGCAGUGGCCGGGCGCGAGGCCGCAGACAAUGAGAGGGCUCCUGCCAUGGAGGCCACAGUAGGGGACGUCGGAUCGGAAGGGGAGCCUCCAGCUUGGGCCGGGAGUGGUUGCGAAACUGCAGAUGUCCAAGGAGGAACGGAGGCGACGCCAUCGGUCCUCGGAGGGGAGAACGGGCAUGGCGCCCCGGCGGCCGCCCCCCAUCCGGACGCCUUGGCAGAGCGGGAGAUCGGCAUCGAUCCGGGGCAGCCUGGAACGGCCUCCCACGGUGACUCCCUUGGAUUAACACAAGUCGCGAUUCCGGACCCGGGGCCUGUUUUUUGUGAGGAGAAGUGGCUGGGGGAGGCAGAAGAAGCCUGUCCAGCCAAGGAGGCAGACGGGGGAGCCACGACGCCUCGGUCACUGCUUCAGCCCAUUGCCGAAGAGGCACCCUGUGACGGCGACUGCACUGGAGACCCCGGGGCCGGGAAAGGCGAAGGUCCACCGGGGGUGAGAGAAGCUGAGGAGGUCGUGCCACCAGCCAUCGUUGAUGCGGCAUCCCUGGGGAAGAGGAGCCUCCCGGAACCCCCGCGGCUCCCCCCGAGCCCAUCCGCUGAGGGGACCGGGCCCCCGGGGGAGAUGGCGGCACGGGCCGUGCUGGAGGCGGUGGCAAGCCGCUUGGUGGAAGCUGUCAUUGAGGGAGCUAAAACUGCAGAUGCCCUGCUAUCUGCCGUGCCGGAACGCGGGAGCCCCGUGUUGUCCGAACCCGGCUCGGGGACGGACGAGCCCAAGACGACUUCCACUGCCGCUGAGGAAAUGGUGAAUUCUCCACAGUCUGGGGAGGCCCGGGGAACAGAUCAAGCUCUUAACGGAGCCGCGGCCGUGAGCUUGGGCGCACAUCUGACCAUGAAGGAGGACGAGGGCAAGGAUAGCCCCGGGAUCCAGGGACCCGAGCCUCUGGCAGACAUGCCGGAUAUGAAAGCUGAGGAUGAAGUGGAUUUUCAGAAUAAUUCCAGGGAGAGCUCCAUUUCCGAAGAGGCAGAGAUAGGGAACGUGACAAAACAUAAGAUGAAGCAAGGGAUGGAAGCUCAGAAGAUCAAUCAAGAAAGUUGGUGUCGGAUAGAACCCAGUCCUACCACGCCUGUUUUGGCCAUCACAAAAGCACCAGGUUGCAUAAGGUGCUUAAAAGAUGGCCCAGGAGAGGGUUAUAUUCCAUCUCGGGGGACUAAUACUGAACUCUCGAGUCCCCUCAGUGGACCGGACAACUGUUUGACAAAGUCUCCAGAGGAACAGGUGACUUGUGGGUUGCCGAUGGAGGAUCCAGUCCCUGUAAAGGAACCACCGUCCUUAGGAGUCAGUAUCCCCCAGGUCCAAGACCUCAGCGACCAGCACAGUCCUGGCAGGACAAAUGACUACGAUGAAGGAGCCGAGGGAAAGGACAGUGAAACCAUGGGCUCAGGGGAGACCGGCGAGGAAAUGGACAGUUUAACUGAUGUCUCUGAGAACUGCUCCAAUCUAAGAAACUCUCUGCGCUCUCUUUCCCCAUUUCGGAGACAUAGCUGGGGACCAGGGAAAAACUCUGCCAGUGAUGCGGAAAUGAAUUCCCGGAGUUCAGUACGAGUUCUUGGGGAUGUUUUAAGGAGACCUCCCAUUCAUAGGAGAAGUAUGAGCUGGUGUCCCUCAGGUGUACAAUACCCGACUGUCCUGGGUGCUGACUUUAAUUGUAGAAGUUUCAGCCUGGAAGGCCUGGCCGGCGGUGUUGACAGCAACAAGUCGUCUUCAGCUUUGGAGGCCACCUCCACAAGCCCCAAGCAGCUGAGGUGCAGCCCUCUCAGUAGUGAGGAGCGAGCCGGCUCUUUGGUCUCUCUCACCGAAGAGGACUUAGAUUCGAACCAGCGGCAGCACAGGAUGUUCGAACGUCAGCCACGCCAGAGAUCCAAGCAACCAGGCUUCGGUUACUGCACAUCAGCUAUUUCUUCUCCACUGACAAAAUCCAUAUCACUAAUGACAAUCAGCCAUCCUGGAUUAGACACCCAGGAUCGGACCCAACCGACAAGGCGGAUCUCCUUCUCCUUCAGCAUCUCUCCACUCCUCCUUAAGUCUAAAACUGUCUUUUCUCUUGGCUCUUCUUCCAGCGAUGAGGAGGAGGGGUUGCUGAAUUCACGGCCUUUCCACAACACGAGUGCCAACUUGACAGAAAGCAUCUCUGAAGAGGCCUAUAAUUUCCCACCACACAGUCCUUCCAAGAAAGAUUUUGAAGGGAAAAGUGGAACAAAAGUCAGUCGCACCUUCAGCUACAUCAAGAAUAAAAUGUCCAGUGGCAAGAAGAGCAAAGAAAAGGAGAAGGAGAAAGACAAGACUAAGGAGAAAGACAAGGAUACCAAAGAGAAAGAGAAGGACAAGAAGACACUGAAUGGUCAUGCAUUCAGUUCCAUGCCAGUUGUAGGACCAAUCAACUGCUACCAGUGUGCAAAGCCCUUCACAAACAAAGACUCGUACACGUGUGCAAAUUGCAGUGCCUUUGUCCACAGGGGGUGCCGAGAGAGCCUGGCUUCCUGUGCCAAGGUCAAAAUGAAGCAACCAAAGGGGACUCUUCAGGCCCACGAUACCUCGUCAUUGCCCACAGUGAUCAUGAGAAACAAAUCCUCCCAGCCUAAGGAGCGGCCUCGGUCUGCAAUCCUCGUGCCCGACGAGACCACCAUGGCUCCUCUGUUCAACAACAGGCGAUCGCAGCAGAGCUCAGCUCUUUCCAAGAGCAUCUCCAUCCAGAAUAUUGCCGGAGUUGGCAGUGAUGAAAGCAUGGCCACUACCUGGAAAUUCCUGUCUCACUCCACAGACUCUUUAAAUAAAAUCAGCAAGGUUAAUGAAUCCACAGAGUCACUCACUGAUGAAGGAACAGACAUGAAUGAAGGACAGCUUAUGGGGGAUUUUGAGAUGGAAUCCAAGCAGCUGGAAGCAGAGUCUUGGAGCCAGGUUGUAGACACCAAGUUUCUCAACCAACAACACAAGGAUAUGGUGAAACGGCAAGAAGUGAUUUAUGAGCUGCUGCAGACCGAGCUGCAUCACAUCCGCACCUUGAAGAUCAUGAGUGACGUGUACAGCCGCGGUAUGAUGACGGACCUGUUAUUCGAACAGCAGAUGGUAGAAAAACUUUUCCCCUGCCUGGAUGAACUGCUCAAGAUCCACAGUCAGUUCUUUCAGAGGAUGCUGGAAAGAAAGAAAGAGUCCCUGGUGGACCGAAGCGAGAAGAACUUCCUCAUCACACAGAUAGGGGAUGUGCUUGUGCAUCAGUUUUCGGGGGAGAAUGCCGAGCGCCUGAAGAAAACAUACGGCAAGUUUUGCGGGCAGCACAACCAGUCCGUGAAUUAUUUCAAAGACCUGCACAACAAGGACAAGCGUUUUCAGGCCUUUGUCAAGAAAAAGAUGAGCACAGCUGUAGUGAGAAGGCUUGGCAUUCCAGAAUGCAUAUUGCUCGUCACUCAGAGGAUCACCAAAUACCCUGUGUUAUUCCAAAGAAUUCUGCAGUAUACCAGCCAAAACGACACAGAAGGGCGGGACCUGACCCAAGCUCUGGCCUUGGUGAAAGAUGUCAUUGGAGCAGUCGACAGCAAAGUCGCCAACUAUGAGAAGAAGUUGAGGCUGAACGAGAUCUACCUAAAGACUGACAGUAAAUCCAUCAUGCGAAUGAAAACCGGGCAGAUGUUUGCAAAGGAAGAUUUGAAAAGGAAGAAACUGGUGAGAGAUGGAACUCUGUCCCUGAAGAAUGCCUCGGGAAGAUUAAAAGAAGUGCAGGCAGUUUUGCUAACAGAUCUACUGGUGUUCCUGCAAGAGAAAGACCAAAAAUAUGUUUUCGCUUCGCUGGAUCAGAAAGCCACUGUGAUUUCCCUGAAGAAAUUGAUUGUGCGGGAAGUGGCCCAUGAAGAAAAGGCCCUGUUUCUAAUCAGCAUGGGGAUGAAGGACCCUGAAAUGGUGGAAGUCCAUGCAAGCUCUAAGGAAGAACGGAAUGGGUGGAUCCGGGUCGUUCAAGACACCAUUAAUGCUGUGAACAGUGAUGAAGAUGAAGGCAUCCCAAGUGAAAGUGAGGAAGAUAAGAAGAUUUUGGACCCCAGAACCAGAGAAUUAAAAGACCAAAUUCAACAAAAAGAUCAACAAAUCCUAAAUCUUUUGGAGGAGAAGAAGAUGAUUUUCCGAGAUCUGACAGACUGCAGUGCCCAUUUGUCUGAUGAUUCUUCCCCAACGCCCGACUCCCGGGUGCUGUUCAGAGCCAGCACGAAAGAGGCUCCCAAAGGAGCCCCCAUCAUUAAAAGCGCCAUGAAUGAAGUUCAAGUACUGCAAGAUUUGGUGAAGGGCAACCUUGGGAAUGUACUUGGGCAGCCUGUCAACAAUCCCAGCGAACAAGAAGGAGGAGUUGGUCCCAUUUCGUUGCCCAGAAGAGCAGAAACCUUUGGAGGGUUUGACAGCCAUCAGAUGAAUGCAUCAAAGGGUGGUGAGAAGGAAGAAGGAGAUGAAGGCCAGGAUCUUCGAAGAACAGAGUCUGACAGUGGUCUGAAGAAGGGUGGAAAUUCCAACCUGGUGUUUGUGAUGAAGAGAAACAGUGAGCGGGUUAUCCAAAGCAUCGUUCAUCUCCAUGAACUUCUCAACACUCUGCAGGGAGUGGUGUUGCAGCAGGACAGCUACAUUGAGGACCAAAGGCUGAUGCUCAACGAGCGGGUGAUGAGCCGGAGUUUGUCCCGGCCCAAUUCUCUGAUCGAGCAGGAGAAGCAGCGCAGUCUGGAGAAGCAGCGGCAGGACCUGGCCAACCUGCAGAAACAGCAGUCGCAGCACCUGGAGGAGAAGCGCAAGAGGGAGAAGGAAUGGGAAGCACGGGAGAGAGAGCUGGCGGAGCGGGAAGCCCGACUUGUCCAGGGAGAGGAGCUGAUGCAGAGGGACCAGCAGGAGCUAGACCGCGAGCGAGAGGAGCUGCGGCAGAAGAAGGGAGCGUACCAGAUCGACCUGGAGAGGCUCCGGGCCUCCCAGAAACAGCUGGAGAAAGAUCAAGAGCAGCUGAGGAAGGAUAACGAGAGGUUACUGCAGAAGCAGAAUGAAUUCGAGGCCCAUCAGAUGUCUCAGCACAACAGACUGAUGAAGAUACCAUCUUUUUUCCCCAACCCUGAGGAGCCUUCUGGACCUUCUGCACCUUCCCCGGUGCGGCAGGGGUCUUUGGACUCUGAACUGACAGUGUCCCCCACAAAAAACAGCAUCUCUCGGACACACAAAGACAAGGGACCCUUCCACUUACUCAGUGGAACCAGCCAGUCGGGCAAAGGCCCCGAGGGAUCAGGCCAGGCCCCGCCUUCUGCCUCCACCCGCCUGUUUGGGUUGGCCAAGCCAAAGGAAAAGAAGGAGAAAAAGAAGAAGAGCAAAGGAAGUCGUUCUCAGCCCCCUGAUUCACUUUCUUCAGAAGCACCAGCAGAGGGUGAAGAGAUCUUCUGCUGAGACUCUGUUUCUACACCCCCAGAUCUGUAUGGAAAGACCCUCUCGGAAUCUGGGUGACCCCUUGCCACCUGACAUAUGGGUUAUUCCAAGGGGGGGGGAUCUUUUCCCUCUCCUCCAGUAUUUCAUUUCCCACGAGCACACCGGAAGCUGGAUUUGAAGACGAUAAAUUCUAGGAUCCCAGAAUUGGGAAUGGCAAGGGGCAGAGGGCCCAGGGCAGGCUCUGGGCAUGGUUGGCACAUGCCAAGGUCUGAGAGGUAGGGGUUGACCUGCUGAAGGUGACCCCACUGCCAACAAGUGCAAUGGUGGUCCCGAGGAGGGUGGCUGUAGAUUGGUCCUAAACGCUCAGAGGCUGAAAAUGAGUUUCCCAGGGGCUUGAACAAUUUUGAUGAUCUGGGGAACACACCACCAAAACGAAAAAGCAAAAGGUUGGAAUUGUAAAGUGCAUAGAUAGUGACGUGUAUGUAUGUCCACACCCACUGUGCUUGGGGUUGUGGGUAGAGAUAGGUGUCCGUGAGAGCAGUACAGAGGGUUCAUGCAGCUGAUUAGUUUAUCUUGGCCCAAAAAGGCGAUACCUGGUGUUGAUCAGGUAGCCUAUAGAUAUGAAAUGUCUCAUCCUUUAGUACCCAGAGUUUGGCUGCCCUAUUCUUCCUUUCCCUCUUCCUCCCAACCUUGCACGCUUCCUUCCUGGCAUAGUGGUUAUUUCCAUUUCACUUUAGGAGGGGGAUUAAUUUUAUAAGAAUAAACUCUCUAUUUCUAAGGGUGUUAGGUUGGACCGCCCCCUUUCUUCAUGGCUUUAUAGGGCCCCUGAUAAAUUCCAGAUGGUUCUCUAAAGGACAGGGAGAAACCUGACAUUUGGUUUUCUGAGUCCAGAUGGAGUCCCAACUUUUUACCUGGAGAGAGACUUGGGUUCAAUUGGCCUGUCCCAAACAAGGUGAAGCUCACUGGUUGUCCAAGAUGGAGGCAGAUUUGUUCUUGGGACCAGGAAGAGAGGACCUCUGAUCCUUUGUCACUUCCCAUCUUCUCUUCCCAGAACCGCUCAGUACGAAAAAUAGGAACCAAACCCUAUGGCGGUGGCCAUCUGCACCCUCACCCAGAGCAUGAGAAGGCAGAGGCCCUGGACUUCUGAGACUGAGGGGCGGGCCCAACUGGUGCAAGCACUGGUUCAUUGGUGGGGAAGAGCAAGAGCAGGGCACAGGCUGAAAAGUAGCAGCUUCUGCCCUGGACUUUCCCCAGAUUAACCCAGGCUCCCUGAGAUGAUUUUUCAUUGUUAAAUGGAAAGCUAAGGAUCACCCAGUCGACUACCACUCUCCCUCAACCCCCCCAAUCUGAAGUGAAUUUACUUGCUAGAUUUUUUUUUAAAUUUUGCACUAUGUUUUAAUUUGUAUUUGCUUGAAGCUUAUCACCAGCUGGGAAGCGCAGAACGGUUCAUGGGUGGCGUUUCCCCAAACCAACAGCAGCAGCAGCAGUAGCAGCAUCUAAAGAUCUGAAAGGCAGUGUACAGUGCCCUCCCCCAAGGGAGGGUCAUCUUUUCAACGGUGGCCCCUUACACUUGCUAUUGCCCUUGAAGGAGCAUGGGGUUUUGGAUCUACUUUGCUGGGUUUUUUUUUUAACUGUUAUGUGGUGCUUAUUCUUGAAUUGCAAGCUGGCCUUGCAGAUGGAGAUAUUUAUCUUUCUGUUUAUUUGAAAGAGGUCUGGUUAAAAAGUAAAUUUGUUUUAGUUUAGUUUUUAUUUAUUUUGAAUUUGGGGGGGGGGAGGGUGUUUAAGGACACAUUUGAGCACCAGGUGUUUGCUCUCUGCCGCCUUGGGGUAGAAUGCGGAAGGCAGAGGGCCUCCCUUGUUUGUCUGGGUCCUACUUAAAAAACUACAACUGGGAAAUGCAAAGCCCAUUGCUCAGGGCCAGACCGAGGAGGCCAUGCGGUUCCCUGGAUAAAAAUGGAGGAAGGGGGUGGGGUUGAUUCUGGUCAGGGGAGGGGACCGGGGAGUCCUGUUGCCCAGGAUGAGAAUCUGAGAAACCUGUGUCACCACAGCCAGCUGUGUUUGCCUGGGUUGACCUGCUGGCCCGUGGAGCUGGGGACAAGGUUGAGGCUGGGAAUCUUUUGUUAGAACCCCUCCUCCCUUAGCAGUUAGGGUUCCCUCUCAGGAUCUUCCCACAGCAUGGGACUUUGGGGCCUGGAUGCCAACCAAACUGGGAGAUGGUGUUCCCUGGCAGGGCUGCAAUUCUCUGCCAAACUGCCCCUUCCGGACGUGCAAUAUUUGGAGUCUCCUGCUUCUCCUCCCUUGGCCACAGCCACAUCGGGAGAGGGGCAGGAGGGGAAUGACGGGGCCCAGGGCCAGAUUGCCCAUGCUGUUCUAAACAGAAACAACUUUUUGCUUUUGGGUCAGGGGCAGAAGGGGGUGAGCAUUGCUGCGCAGUUUGAUUUCACUUGAUUGAAGGUUCACCUCCCUUCCUUUUCUAGCUGUAGUAUUUUAUUUUUAAUUUGUUUUGGAAAUGGGGAGCUGAAAUAAAAGAAUGCUGAAAACCACUUACUUGGGGCAGGUAUUGCCCGGAAGGGUUCAGUAUCGGGGGACCUGCGCACCCCCUAUAUGGGACCCAGCCUUACUAAGCUUUUUCUGGACCCCCUACUUAAAGUGUUAAGGGAAAGCCACUUAUCAAGGGACGGUCUGCUGCUACUGUGUCUUUGCCACUUAUCCUAUUCAGGAGGGAGCCAGCCUAUGGCUGCUCAAGGUUUGACAUGAUUUGAAACGCACGGAGCUGCUUAUUGUGCCAUGAAGUGGGCAGGGAAGGGACUCCCUGGUCUGGCUUAUCACCCCGCAAAAAGGCCCAGUGUCCAAGCUGCAGUUAUGCCGAGACUCCUGCUCUGGCCUUCCAUUUUCCACCAUGUCGCUCUGCGGUCUUGAGGGUCCCACCCACAGUUCUUCUGCUAAAAACCAAGGAGGUUAACGAAUAACUGUGGUAGUGGAGGAAAAAGAGGCUCCUUUAAUCUAGAACCCCAGCGCCACUCGGCCUCCAGGUGAAAUCCAAUUUCUUGCACCUGAGUGUGAAUCAUCUCAGACUUUUGUCACCAUUUUGAUUCCAUAAGCACUUUAAAAAUCUCUUUGCGAUACCUUGAUUAGGAGACAAUCAGAUUUACAUUUCUCCCCUCCACCCCCAACUCUAAAAUUGGAGAGGAUUAGAAAUCGUCAGAGUCCAGAAUGCUGAGUUCAGCAAAUGGCCUUUCUCUUUCCCUUCUCUCCCCUAACAGAUCAUGGUGUGUGCUCGGAGGGAAGGAUAAAGUCUUGAAACCCUUUACCAUUUGAGCCCAAAGCAAAGGUAGUGUCAGUCACAUCUCUUGCCUGUCACAUCUCAGGGUAAAACCACUGUAGAGAGAGUUAGCGAAGGUGUCUGACCACUUAAAAAAAAGUGUGAUCACUUGAAAGCCUCAUUAGAAUAUUUUGGGGCCUGGUGGUAACCUGUGGUGUUACUUGUAAUGUGGAGCACCUCAGAAUGUAGAGGGGCAAGAAGGGCCAAGCUUGAAGAGGGAUGAAGAUCCCCAAAAUUCAUCAUCCUUCUGGGAAAGGGUGGGUAUCUUCCUCCUGCCCACCCACCUCCCCCUGUCCCCCAACCCCGACCAGAGUGGCCAAUUGAACCCAGGGUGCCUCUCCUGAGUUUUCCACCUCUCACGCUCUUUCCAUUCCCCAUUAGAUGAAAGUAGCCACUUCCUGCCUUCCAAUUCCAGGAGGGCAGAGGAGAGCCGGGUGGGGAAAAGGCAGAGAGAGAAGCCAUUCAGUUGCACAAGGAUUUGGGAGAACUGGCUUGGUUCUUCCAAACUGCGGUGAAGCCAGAUGGCAUUACCAGAAGCCACUUUGUCAAAACCCGGAAGCCAUCCUGCAGCAGAGAGCAGCUUCAAGGCUGGAUCACUGAAAGGAGCAGAAUUGCUUUCACUCCCCUCCUGGCCGAUGGGACUAGGAUCCCGGAACCCCAGGGGUUGGUUUUUGGAUGGCAGUGAAAUAGAAGAGAAGAAGAAAUAGGGGUGGGGAGGAAGCCCAUAACGGUCCCACCACCGUCACCUAAACUCACACUCAAAUAUCAAAGGGGCAUUUGGGUCUUUGCAGCUUUUAUAUUUCUCCCUCUUAAACCUAGCAAAACAUUCCUGGUUUAACCAGAGCUCUGGAAUUUGCUGCCUGCUGGCCGGGCUUCUACAUUAAUAAAAUAAUUUAAUGCUGCCUUUAAAGAAAACAAAAAAGGAAGAAAAAAAGUUUCCAAAUGCUCAAUAUUCUCGUUUCGUUAAAAUGACAGCCAACUGUGGGGUCAUCCUCUCUCCAUCCAUGAAGCUAAGUUUUAAGGUUGGGCAAACUGAGGUGACACCAAGCAUUGCCAGCCAUGGAACAAUCUCAAAUCUAUCAUCCAGAGUAAAUACUGAGUGCUUCAGUGGGCCUCCUACCUCCUUCUGGCAUUUCUAACUUGUUCCAAGACUUAUCGGGUACACAGCCCCACAUAUACACCUGCUUCCUUUUAUGCACACAGAAGUAGAAAAAUCCCCCUCCCAAAUCUCUCCCUUCAUCAGUCUUGCUCACUAAAAGUUGGUAAAGCAGUGGGACCCUGGUCAGUCUCAUGGCAGUGAUGAAAUUCUAAAGGAGACUUCUCCAGUUCAGUUUGCCUGUGGUUUAGCUUUGUGGCUUCCCCAUGUUUUACUUUUACUAACAUGGAGUGCACUAGCAUUAAAGUCACCAAAUGUUCAGAGGGAUGGUUUUAAUCCAUUAUUACCUCUGCUUUUCAGUUUUUGUUUUGUUUUUGAAUGCCAGUCAGGAACAUUUUUCUUGAUGAAUUAUAUUGAAAAACAAUGGGUUAAACCUGAUUGCUGUAUGUUAAUUUGUAAUUAUGUAAAAAGUGAACGAGUUAAAAACUGUAAAGUUUUUCAAUGUGCCUUGGAAUUUUGCCAUGACACACCGACUUUGUAACAAACUUUUAUUUAUCUUCCUUUCUAGUUAUCAGCUACAAACUCUUGAAAAGCCUUUUCUCCUUUCCUCUACCCCUUCCAUCUUAAAUAAAAUUCCUUUCAAAUCUG